AGUGUGUUUUCGUCAGGUGGGUGUUUUUCACCCCCACCCCAAAAAAAAAACACUUUCCAAAAGACGCACAUAGCCGCACAAGAGAGGAGGAGGGGGGGGAAAAAAAAAGGAAGAAGAGACCAGAAAUGGAAACCGAGGAGAAACACGAGGAGAGAACCGACGACGUGAGGUUCCACCUCUUGGAGGAGGUCACCCUGAUGUUGCUCCGAAUCAAGCCCGAGAAGUGGUCCAAGUUCUUCUCCAUCAACGAGAGCCGGCAAAUCGUGUUGGACUUCUUCAACACGGACGACAUCUUCGUCCUGUCCAUCUACCUCAACAACGCGUCCCAGCUGGUGUCCAGCCUGGGCUUCCCCACUUCGAUGAAGUCCAAGGGAAUUUACUUCGUGAAGAAGACGACGACGACGAUCACCAAAGACAACAUUAAGAAAGUACUGAUGUACGGAGAUAUCGGCAGUUCACCGGUGGAGCAGCUGGUGACGGUGAUAGAAGAGGUGGUUUGCCAACUCUUCACGAACAAUGACAACAUGAAUAAAUGGCCUCAAGUGGUCGCUGAGGAUGUGAUGAAGCACGUCCAACAGAUUAAAAACGAAGUGUUUGUAGUUGGUGGGCAAAUAAAAGGGAAAACCCUACUUGCUUUUCCAAAAGGUGUCGAUUAUUUGGAAAAUUCAGAUGACUCAGACAGAGAAAGCCCCACUUUGCCAGUAGAUGGAGUUAUAGUGCAUGCUAUUGAAUCUAUUGUCAUCGAUUGGAGUCAUCAAGUUAAAGAUGUACUGAACAAGGAUUCAGCACAACCUUUAUUGGAUGGCUUGAACCCUCUGCCUAAAAUAGAGAUUGAGUUCUGGGAUGCAAGGCUGAUAGACCUAGAAUACAUCAAUGAACAGCUGUGGACACCCAAAGCUCGUACCAUUGCAGAGGUUCUAGAAAGAUCCAAGAGCAGUUACUGGCCAGCUCUGAAAAGCAUAUAUAUUGACAUCACUGCAGCUCUACAAGAAGCAAGCGAUAUUGUUUUGUACCUGACACCUCUCAAAAGACUACUAGAGGAAUUAGAGCAAGUAGAAUAUGUAGAGAUAUCAGCCCAUAUUGAUUUGGUAAUGCACACCGUUUGUUUGAUCUGGGCCAAUUCUCAGUAUUACAACACCCCUGGAAGGAUCAUAGUGAUCUUACAAGAGCUCUGCAACCUCUUCAUUGAGAUGACCUGUGCCUACUUGAACCCAGAAGAAUUGAUGAAAGGGCUACUUGGAGAAAUAGAUGAGGCACUGGAAACUGUAACAAUAGGCCUUACUAUCUUAACAAAGCUUCAGCAUUCAUAUUAUGCUGUGCGAUCAAACAUUCAUAAUUUCUUCAAGGAUAAAGAAGUAAAAUAUUGGACAUUUCCCUCACAUCUUGUGUUUGCAAACUUGGAAAUAUUUAUUUCCAGAUUACGUCUUAUUGAGGAUGUGUUUACCACUGGAGUUGAGUUCUUAAAGCUGGAAAAAAUUGAAGUUGGAGGGAUUAAAGGAAAUCUCCUUGGUCAGAUGGUAAUGAAGAUUUAUGAUGAGUUUUUAGAUGUCCUUAAAAUGUUUGCGGACUGCAAGUAUAAUCCUUUGGAUCCAGCAGAACAUUUAUUUGCUGAAGACUAUGAAACAUUUCAAAUUAAGAUUAAAGACUUUGACAGAAGAUUGGGAACUAUCAUCUGUCUAGGAUAUGAUGAGUGCGCAGAUAUUUUAUCUACAGUAAAGCUGUUGCAUAUGUUUAUAUCUCUGAGCAAACGUCCAUUGAUAAUGGAAGAAGUAGCUUCAAAAUUCCCACGUCUGGUUCAAAUGCUUAAUGAAGAAUUAGACAAUGCCAAACUAGUUUACGAUGAGCAUUUGUUUUUGAUUGAAAGCAAGAGCAGCAUCCCCAUCAUCAACAAAAACAUGCCAUUUGUAGCUGGUCAGCUGAAAUGGGCACAGGAGAUUAGGACCAGGAUUGAUACUGUAUUAAGUGCUUUCAAAUCUGUUGAUCAUCCUUGCACAUCAGGUGAUGAAGCUCAAAUAAUUUUUAAGAAAUAUGAUGAAAUGAUUGUUCUACUUGCGAAAUACUGUGAGAAGGUAUAUGCAGAGUGGACUUUGAGAGUGGAUGAGGACUGUGAAUUUAACUUAAAUCAACCGCUUUUGAUUCGUAAUAAAAAGACCAACCUAAUCAGUGUUAAUUUUACUAAACAGUUGGUUGCAGUACUUCGAGAAGUUAAAUAUAUGAACAUUCAGGAAAGAACAGAUAUCCCAGAGAGUGCAAAGAAUAUAUACGGCCAAAUUAAAACUUUCAGAAAGUUUGUUGACAACUUAGAUCUAUUUGUUGGAUGGUAUAAUAAGAUAAGAUUAACAAUACUUGAUGUUGAAUUACCUCUGAUUUUGAAUGAACUGGAACAAAUAGAUGUUAAAUUGCUUAAAGCUGAAUUUGAAUUACAAUGGAACAAUGAAGUUUGGUCUUACAUUGAGGAGAUGAGAAAUAUAUUAUCUGACCUUGAGACUAGGAUUCAGAAAGCCAAAAACAAUGUAGAACUCAUGCAAACCAUAAUGCUGGAAUGGUCAGCACUACCUUUGUUUGAGCGAAGUGGCAGCAAAAAAGAUUCCUUUUUGGACAUCGAUGGAAGACCAAAUAUGUUAAACAAAAGAUACACUUUGGUGAAAGAAGCUGGUGUUAAGCUUCAUGUGCUACUAGAGGAAAACUUUACUCAUUUUAAAGCAGAUGAAAGUUCUUCUACAUGGCAAAAUUAUGUGAACUAUGUAGAUCAGAUAGUUAUAGAGGGUUUCUACAAUGUGGUUCAUACUUCUCUACAAUAUCUUCUCAACAAUAUGGAGAAUGAGGGUCAUACUCCUCCCCUGUUUGAAGUCCGUCUUGAGCUUGACGAAUCUGACACAGUGUUCCGACCAUCUUUAGGGAUAGGCAGUGAAUUUUAUGCCCUGAUGGAAAGGUUGAUGAAUGAUGUGUAUAAUAUAGUGGGUCUUGUGCCACGUUUGGCAAAGCAUCAUCCUCGAAAGAGAUAUCAGAUAGAUCUAGAAGAAAUGGCAGAUUUGUCUGAAAUGCGGGAAGACAUAAUGUCUCAGGUUAUAAGUGUAAUGAAGAUGGCUGCAGAUUACGAGUCAUCUUUUGAUAGUUAUUCAUAUUUGUGGGUGGAUGAUCGUAGUGAAUUUCUGGAUGAAUUUCUUAUGUAUGGGCGCGUGCUAACACCAGAAGAAAUAGAGUCCUAUGGGGAAGGAGGCGUUCCUCAAUCACCCCCUACACUGGAACAGUUUAAAAACCAGAUUGACUUAUAUGAGAAAAUAUAUGAUGAAGUUGCCAAGUUUGAAAGCACCAAGUUAUUUCAUGGUUGGUUUCAACUUGAUUGCAGACCUUUCAGACAAUCUCUUCUGAAUGUCAUCAAACGCUGGAGCCUUAUGUUCAAACAGUAUCUAAUUAACCAUGUAACCAACAGCUUGAGCACUUUGAAGACUUUCAUCGAGGAGACAAAUGAUGAACUAACAAAACCAAUGAAAGAAGGAGAUUUGGAAGGGCUUAUAAAAGUUAUGGGAUAUCUGAAAAGUGUAAAAGAUAGACAGAUGACAACAGAUCACAUGUUUGAACCCCUUAGGCAGACCAUUGAAUUACUGAACAGCUAUAAUGAGGAAUUGCCAGAAGAAGUUCAUGCACAAUUGCAUGAACUUCCAGAACAAUGGAACAAUACAAAGAAAAUUGCUCUUCAUUGUAAACAUGCUGUGGCUCCUUUGCAAGCCAAUGAAGUUAAUGUCAUUAGAAGGAAAUGUCUACGAUUUGAGAUCAACCAACAUGGAUUUAGAAAGAAAUUUAAAGCAAAGGCUCCUUUCGACUAUGACCAUAAAAUACCUUAUAAGGCUUUGGAUAAGGCUCAAAAAAAAAUCCUCACCAUGGAAGACGAAUUACAAGCCCUUUCGCAGUCAGCUAAUCUGUUUGAAGUUUCGAUUCCGGAUUGUAAACGGCUAAAAUCGUGCCGCAAAGAAAUAGUAUUGUUGAAGGAAUUAUGGGAUAUGAUUUUCCUUGUUAGAGUGUCCAUCGAUGACUGGAAGACUACUCAAUGGAAAAACAUCAGUGUGGAGUAUAUGGAUUCAGAGUGUAAGAAAUUUGCUAAAGAUAUAAGGAGUCUGGAUAAAGAGAUAAGGGCAUGGGAUACUUAUACAGGUCUAGACAAGAUGAUAAAGAACACAAUAACUUCACUGAAAGCAGUUAGUGAACUGCAGAACUCAGCCAUAAGGGACCGCCACUGGCAGCAACUCAUGCAUGCAACUAAGGUCGAGUUUGCAAUGUCUGAAAACACAACUCUUUCAGACUUACUUAGCUUGCAGUUGCAUAACUUUGAAGAUGAAGUCCGUGAUAUUGUAGAUAAAGCCGUGAAAGAGUCCGGAAUGGAGAAGGUGUUGAAUUCACUCGAUAACAUUUGGAGUAUCAUGGAAUUUGAACAUGAACCUCAUGCCAGAACAGGAAUUUUGAUAUUGAAAGCAAGUGAUGAACUAGUGGAGACCCUGGAGGACAAUCAAGUUCAACUACAGAACCUAAUUUCCUCUAAAUAUAUUGCAUAUUUCCUCAAGGAAGUCAGCUCAUGGCAGAAGAAGCUUUCAACUGCAGAUUCUAUUAUUUCCAUCUGGUUUGAGGUACAGAGAACUUGGGUUCACCUUGAAAGCAUUUUCAUAGGCUCUGAGGACAUCAGAACCCAGCUCCCAGAAGACUCCAAACGCUUUGAAGCCAUUGAUACUGACUUUAAAGAACUCGUGGCAGAUGCAAUAAAGACACCAAAUGUAAUUGUAGCAACAAAUAAACCAGGUUUAUAUGAAAAGCUGGACAAAAUACAAGGGAGUUUAUCAAUAUGUGAAAAAGCCUUAGCUGAAUAUCUGGAGACAAAAAGGCUUGCAUUUCCGAGAUUUUAUUUUGUGUCUUCCGCAGACUUAUUGGAUAUAUUAUCUAAUGGCAACAAUCCUAUUGAGGUGAGUCAUCAUUUGUCCAAAUUAUUUGAUAAUAUGGCUAAACUGAAGUUCAAACUGGAUUCAGAUGGUGUGCCGAUUAAAGUUGCGCUUGGCAUGUACAGCAAAGAAGAUGAAUACGUGGACUUUGAUGAGCCUUGUGAUUGUAGUGGUCAGGUUGAAGUUUGGCUGAAUCGAGUGUUGAACAGAAUGCGUGCCACAUUACGUUUUGAAAUCUCUGAAGCUAUUUUGGCUUAUGAAGAUAAGCCUAGGGAGCAGUGGAUAUUUGAUUACCCUGCACAGAUUACUCUGACUGGUACACAGAUUAUUUGGACUGUAGAGGUUGGUAUUACAUUUGGAAAACUAGAAGAGGGUUAUGAAAAUGCCAUGAAAGAAUAUCUGAAAAAGCAGAUCAGUCAACUGAACUCACUUAUCACACUACUGAUUGGCAACUUAACAUCAGGAGACAGGCAGAAGAUUAUGACAAUUUGUACAAUAGAGGUGCAUGCUCGAGAUGUUGUAGCCAAAAUGAUUGCAGCUAGGGUGGAGAAUAUCCAGGCCUUUACUUGGCAGUCUCAGCUCAGACAUCGCUGGGAUGAUGACCAGAAACAUUGUUUUGCUAAUAUUUGUGAUGCUCAAUUCAAAUAUUCUUAUGAGUAUCUAGGCAAUACUCCUCGAUUGGUCAUUACUCCACUUACAGAUAGGUGCUAUAUUACAUUAACACAGUCACUACAUCUGACUAUGGGUGGUGCCCCAGCAGGUCCUGCAGGAACAGGAAAAACAGAGACAACCAAAGAUCUGGGCCGAGCUUUAGGCAUCAUGGUUUAUGUCUUCAAUUGCUCAGAACAGAUGGACUACAAGUCCUGUGGUAAUAUCUACAAAGGUUUGUCACAAACUGGAGCCUGGGGCUGUUUUGAUGAGUUUAACAGGAUAUCGGUGGAAGUUUUGUCAGUAAUUGCAGUGCAGGUGAAGUGCAUUCAAGAUGCAAUACGUGACAAGAAGUUAAAAUUUAAUUUUUUGGGAGAGUUGAUUACACUUGUAUCUUCAGUUGGCAUUUUCAUUACAAUGAAUCCAGGUUAUGCAGGACGUACGGAACUACCAGAAAAUCUGAAGGCCUUAUUCAGACCCUGCGCUAUGGUUGUACCGGAUUUUGAACUAAUUUGUGAAAUCAUGUUGGUUGCUGAAGGUUUUAUUGAUGCCAGACUACUUGCCAGAAAAUUCAUAACUCUUUACACACUCUGCAGAGAACUGCUUUCUAAACAGGAUCACUAUGAUUGGGGAUUGCGAGCCAUCAAAUCUGUGUUGGUUGUGGCGGGUUCUUUGAAAAGAGGAGAUCCACUUCGUCCAGAGGACCAGGUUCUCAUGAGAGCCUUGAGAGACUUCAAUAUUCCAAAGAUAAUAACAGAUGAUUUGCCAGUUUUCAUGGGGCUCAUAGGAGACUUAUUUCCGGCACUCGAUGUACCAAGAAAAAGAGAUUUAGAGUUUGAAAAGAUUGUUAAGCAAUCAGUAUUGGGGCUCAAAUUGCAACCUGAGGAUAAUUUUGUGCUGAAAAUAAUUCAGUUGGAGGAAUUACUACAAGUGCGACAUUCAGUGUUUGUCAUUGGAAGUGCUGGAAGUGGUAAAUCCCAGGUAUUGCGUUCCCUGAAAAGUACUUAUUUGAAUAUGAAACGAAAAGCCAUAUCUAUAGAUCUUGAUCCUAAAGCUGUGACUUGUGAUGAACUGUUUGGAAUUAUUAACCCAGCCACAAGGGAAUGGAAAGAUGGUCUGUUUUCAACUAUUAUGCGUGACCUUGCAAAUAUCGCACAUGAUGGUCCAAAGUGGAUUGUACUUGAUGGUGAUAUAGAUCCUAUGUGGAUUGAAUCUCUUAAUACAGUCAUGGACGACAACAAGGUGUUAACACUUGCUAGCAAUGAAAGAAUUCCACUGAAUCCCACAAUGCGUUUGGUGUUUGAAAUUAGUCAUCUGAGAACCGCCACACCUGCCACAGUGUCCAGAGCAGGAAUACUCUUUAUCAAUCCCACUGAUCUUGGCUGGAAUCCUGUGGUAGCUAGCUGGAUUGAAAAUCGUGAUGUUCAGUCAGAAAAAGCAAAUGUGUUGAUACUAUUUGAUAAAUACUUACCUGCCUGUCUCGAGAGAGUGAGGACAGGUUUUAAGAAGAUUACUCCAAUCCCCGAGAUUACUAUGGUGCAGACAAUUCUCUUCCUGAUGGAAUGCCUUCUGACCCCAGCCAAUGUGCCUCUAGAUUCUCCCAAAGAACUCUAUGAAUUAUAUUUUGUCUUUGCUUGCAUUUGGGGUUUUGGAGGUGCCAUGUUCCAAGAUCAGCUAGUGGACUAUCGAGUGGAAUUCAGCAAAUGGUGGGUGAAUGAAUUUAAAGCUAUCAAGUUUCCAUCCCAGGGGACUGUCUUUGACUACUGCAUUGAUAGUGAAACAAAAAAAUUUAUAUCUUGGUCAGAAAGGUUACCCAAGUUUGAGCUAGAUGCUGACUCUCCACUCCAGGCUGCCCUAGUACAUACCACAGAGACUGUAAGGAUACGCUAUUUCAUGGAUCUUCUGAUGGCAAUUGGCCGGCCAAUAAUGUUAGCAGGGAGCGCUGGAACAGGAAAGACUGUACUCAUGGGAGAUAAAUUGACCAGUCUAGAACCUGAAGAAUACGUGAUUCAGUCUGUCCCUUUCAACUUUUACACAACUUCUGCUAUGUUACAAGCUGUUCUUGAGAAGCCACUGGAAAAGAAAACAGGAAGAAAUUUUGCACCACCUGGAACCAAGAAACUAAUCUAUUUUAUUGAUGAUAUGAACAUGCCUGAAGUGGAUAAAUAUGGAACUGUAGCUCCUCAUACAUUUAUUCGACAGCAUAUGGACCAUGGACAUUGGUAUGAUAGGACCAAGCUGACUUUGAAAGAUAUUCAUAAUUGUCAGUAUGUUGCCUGUAUGAAUCCCACAGCUGGCAGCUUCACAAUAGAUUCCAGACUUCAGCGUCAUUUCUGUGUCUUUGCUGUGAGUUUCCCCGGACAAGAUGCACUUCAUUCCAUCUACAGUACCAUCCUUUAUCAACAUUUAUCUAUGCGCAACUUUCCAGCAGGGGUGGUAAAAUUCCAUACACAGGUGGUGAAUGUGGCCCUUGUCUUGCAUCAGAAAAUCGCAGCAACAUUUCUUCCAACUGCAAUAAAAUUUCAUUAUGUGUUCAAUUUGAGAGACCUUUCCAACAUAUUCCAGGGUUUACUUUUUGCUACACCAGAAGCUGUGAAAACUACUAUUGAUUUAAUACGACUCUUGCUGCAUGAAACCUCUCGGGUUUAUGGCGAUAAAUUAGUUGAAAAUAAAGAUAUUGAAUCAUUUCCAAGAAUUCAGGCAAAUGUAUGCAGAGCAAUCUUUCAGGAAAUUGAUGAAAACAUUCUUUUUGAAUCCCCCAAUAUUUAUUGCCAUUUUGCUAUGGGUAUUGGUGAUCCUAAAUAUUAUGCUGUGCAAGACUGGAACACUCUGACUAAACUACUGAAGGAUGCUUUGGAGAGCUACAAUGAAAUCAAUGCUGCAAUGCAAUUGGUUCUGUUUGAGGAUGCGAUGAGCCACAUCUGUAGAAUAAACCGCAUCUUGGAAUCACCGAGGGGAAAUGCAUUACUUGUAGGAGUUGGUGGAAGUGGAAAGCAAAGCCUCUCCCGAUUAGCAGCAUUUAUCAGCGCCUUAGAUGUCUUCCAAAUCUCUCUUAGGAAAGGAUAUUCAGUUCCCGACCUCAAGGCAGACGUUGCUACUCAGUAUAUCAAUACGGGAGUUAAAAAUCACGGAACAGUAUUCUUGAUGACAGACUCCCAAGUGUCAGAGGAGUUAUUCCUAGUACUUAUUAAUGACCUUUUGGCAUCUGGUGAGAUCCCAGGGCUCUUUCAGGAUGAUGAGGUGGAUAAUAUUAUCAACUCUAUGAGAAAUGAAGUUAAAGCAGUGGGUCUGCAGGAUACCAAUGACACUUGCUGGAAGUUCUUCAUAGAGAAAGUGAGGAGACAAUUAAAGGUAGUGCUCUGCUUUUCACCCGUGGGUUCAACUCUACGAAUACGUGCUCGAAAGUUCCCUGCUUUGGUGAACUGCACUGCUAUAAACUGGUUCCAUGAAUGGCCAGAAGAAGCUUUGAUAUCAGUUAGUAAACGCUUCCUUGAGGAAACUGAGGGCAUUGAGCCUUCAAUAAAAACCUCAAUAAGCCAAUUUAUGGCCUAUGUUCACAAAACUGUCCAAGAAACUUCCUUGACCUAUCUAGCCACUGAAAGGCGCUAUAACUACACAACACCCAAAACUUUCCUGGAACAAAUUAAACUGUAUCAGAACUUGCUAUUUAGCCAAAGGAAAGACUUGAUUGCUAAAAUGGAUCGACUUGAUAAUGGUUUGCAAAAACUGCACAGUACUGCUGCCCAGGUAGAUAAACUGAAAGAGACUCUUGCUCUGCAAGAAAUUGAACUGAAGCAGAAGAAUGAUGACGCGGACAAAUUAAUUAAAGUUGUUGCCGAACAAACCGAUAUUGUCCACAAAAAUAAAAAAAUUGCUGAUGAAGAGGAGAAAAAAGUGCAGAUCAUUAAUGAGAACGUGAGAGAAAAGCAACAGUCUUGUGAAGAGGACUUGGCAAAAGCAGAGCCAGCUCUAGUUGCAGCCCAGGAGGCUCUGAACACUUUAAAUAAGAGCAAUUUGACCGAGCUCAAAUCUUUUGGCUCCCCACCAGAGGCCGUGGUUCUUGUGAUGGCGGCUGUGAUGAUUCUCUUAGCACCUGGUGGUAGAAUUCCGAGGGACAGGAGUUGGAAGUCUGCUAAAAUCAUGAUGGCCAAAGUAGAUACUUUCCUGGAUACACUAAUAAGCUAUGACAAGGAACACAUCCCAGAAGCUUCUUUGAGAGCUUUUCAGCCUUUUAGAGUAAAUGAGAUGUUUGAUCCUGAGUUUAUUCGCACUAAGUCUAUAGCAGCAGCAGGUUUGUGUUCCUGGUGUAUAAACAUUGUAAAAUUCUAUGAGGUUUACCUUGAAGUGGCACCAAAGAGGCGAGCUCUGGCUCAGGCUAAUGCUGAAUUGGCAGCUGCACAAGAAAAGCUCUAUGGUAUCACACGUAUGAUAAAUGAACUGAAUGAUAAUUUGGCCACCCUGACAGCUCGUUUUGAAAAAGCCACAGCUGAAAAACUCAAAUGUCAACAAGAAGCCGAUCAUACCAACCAAACAAUUUCACUGGCAAAUAGACUUGUUGGAGGAUUGGCAUCAGAGAAAAUCCGCUGGAGUGAAUCCAUAGCUCAGUUUAAGGAGCAAGACAAAACAAUAAGCGGAGAUGUACUUCUUAUAACAGCUUUUGUUUCUUAUGUUGGAUAUUUCACGAAAAAGUAUAGAACUGAACUUUUGAAUGAUUUCUGGAUGCCAUUCUUGAAUAAACUAAAGGUACCUAUUCCGAUUACUCCAGGCUUAGACCCUCUUAGCCUUCUUACUGAUGAUGUUGACAUUGCUGCUUGGAAUAAUGAGGGAUUGCCUAGUGAUCGCACAUCAAGUGAAAAUGCAACAAUCCUCUGUAACACAGAGCGCUGGCCCCUGAUUGUUGAUGCACAGUUACAGGGUAUCAAGUGGAUUAAAAAUAAAUAUGGUGAUAAUUUGAAAACAAUAAGACUUGGACAAAAAGGUUAUCUGGAUAGCAUUGAACUUGCUAUAUCCAAUGGAGACACUUUAUUACUUGAAAAUAUCGGUGAGUCAGUGGAUCCAGUGCUAGACCCUCUACUGGGGAGAAACACCAUCAAAAAGGGAAAAUUCCUAAAAAUUGGAGAUAAGGAAGUUGAAUUCCAUCCCAAAUUCCGGCUGAUACUUCACACCAAGUAUUUUAAUCCCCAUUACAAACCAGAGAUGCAGGCUCAAUGUACUUUGAUUAAUUUUCUUGUAACCAGAGAUGGUCUGGAAGAUCAGCUACUGGCUGCCGUUGUUGCUAAAGAAAGACCAGAUUUAGAGGACUUGAAGGCACAACUUACAAAACAACAGAAUGAGUUCAAGAUUCUUCUUAAACAGUUGGAAGACUCUCUUCUAGCUCGACUAUCGGAAGCUUCUGGAAACUUCCUUGGUGAUACAGCUCUAGUAGAGAAUUUGGAAACAACCAAACAAACCGCCACUGAAAUAGAACACAAGGUAGCUGAAGCUAAGAUAACCGAGAUUAAGAUAAACGUGGCAAGAGAAAACUACAGGUCUACUGCAAUGAGAGCAUCCUUACUCUACUUCAUUAUGAAUGAUCUCAACAAGAUCAACCCCAUUUACCAGUUCUCUCUCAAGGCUUUUCAUGUAGUAUUUGAGAAAGCCAUCCAACGAUCAGUGCCAGCAGAUGAAGUAAAUCAGCGGGUGGUGAACCUCACAGAUGAAAUCACCUUUUCAGUAUUUAUAUAUGUCACCAGAGGUCUAUUUGAAAGUCAUAAACUUAUCUUCACAGCUCAAGUGGCUUUCCAGGUUUCAAUUAUGAAAAAGGAAGUGAACUUUAUGGAGCUAGAUUUUCUACUACGAUUCCCAUAUAAAGUUGGAUUCAUAAGUCCUGUUGACUUUCUUUCAAAUCAAGGAUGGGGUGGAAUCCUGUUUCUAUCAGAAAUGAAUGAAUUUAAGAACCUGGACAGUGACAUUGAAGGAUCAGCCAACCGCUGGAAAAAGAUAGUUGAGUCAGAAGCUCCAGAGAAGGAGAAAUUUCCACAAGAAUGGAAAAAUAAAGGAGCAAUGGAGAAACUGUGCAUGAUGCGUUGCAUGAGGCCAGAUAGAAUGACUUAUGCUGUCAGCCAUUUUGUAGAGGAGAAGCUGGGAGCUAAGUAUGUGGAGGGCCGUAGUAUUGAAUUUGCAAAAUCAUACGAAGAAGCCAGUCCUUCAAUUCCAAUCUUCUUUAUUCUUUCACCGGGAGUUGAUCCAUUGAAGGAUGUAGAAGCCCUGGGGAAGAAACUGGGCUUUACACUUGACAACGGCAAAUUUCAUAAUGUCUCACUGGGGCAGGGACAAGAAAUAGUGGCAGAAAACGCUUUAGAAGUAGCAGCAGAUGAAGGACACUGGGUCAUUCUGCAGAACAUUCAUCUCGUUGCUAGAUGGCUAAAUACUUUGGAUAAACAAGUGGAAUUUUACAGCACAGGAAGUAAUGACAGUUAUCGUGUUUUCAUGACUGCUGAGCCGGCAGGAUGUCCAGAAGCCCAUAUUAUUCCCCAGGGACUACUGGAAAAUUCCAUUAAAAUCACCAACGAGCCCCCAACGGGUAUGCAUGCCAACCUGCACAAAGCUCUGGAUUUGUUUACUCAGGAUACAAUGGAGAUGUGCACGAAAGAAUCAGAAUUUAAGUGUGUCCUUUUUGCUCUUUGUUACUUUCACGCUGUGGUUGCUGAGAGGCGCAAAUUUGGAGCUCAAGGAUGGAAUAGAUCAUACCCAUUUAACAAUGGAGAUCUUACCAUCUCUGUCAAUGUACUGUUCAACUACUUGGAAGCAAACCCUAAGGUUCCCUGGGAUGACUUACGCUAUCUCUUUGGUGAGAUCAUGUAUGGCGGUCACAUCACUGAUGACUGGGAUCGUAAACUCUGUCGGACUUAUCUAGAGGAAUAUAUCAGGCCUGAAAUGUUGGAUGGUGAGCUUUACCUGGCACCGGGCUUUCCUAUCCCACCUAAUUCUGAUUACAAUGGUUAUCAUAAUUAUGUUGAUGAAAUGCUGCCUCCUGAGAGCCCAUAUCUGUAUGGCCUGCACCCCAAUGCUGAGAUUGGAUUCCUUACAGUCAUGUCUGAAAAGUUGUUUCGCACAGUGCUUGAGUUGCAACCGAAGGAGACCAGCGCUGAAGGUGCAGCUGGAUUGACUAAGGAGGAAAAGCUUAAGGCAAUCUUGGAUGAAAUUGUUGAGAAACUACCAGAUGCUUUCAAUAUGCAUGAAACUAUGGCUAAAGUGGAAGAAAGGACUCCUUACAUUGUGGUGGCUUUCCAGGAAUGUGAAAGAAUGAAUAUUCUGACAACGGAGAUUAAACGGUCUUUGAAGGAACUGGAUCUGGGAUUGAAGGGAGAACUGACUAUUACAGCUGAUAUGGAAGAGCUUUCAAAUUCUUUAUUUCUCGACUCCGUCCCAGAUACAUGGACACAACUGGCCUACCCAUCACUUUUUGGCUUAGCUACAUGGUUUGCUGAUCUCAUCCUUCGUAUCAGGGAGCUGGAAACAUGGACUGCUGACUUUGCUCUGCCGAAUGCAGUGUGGCUCGCUGGCUUUUUUAACCCGCAGUCUUUCCUCACUGCUAUAAUGCAGUCUAUGGCCAGAAAAAAUGAAUGGCCACUGGACAAAAUGUGUCUAGCUGUGGAAGUUACUAAGAAAGUCAAGGAAGAUAUGACCAGUCCUCCCAGAGAAGGUGCCUAUAUCCAUGGGCUAUUUAUGGAAGGUGCACGCUGGGACAAGGCAAGCGGAGCCAUUGCUGAAGCACAACUGAAGGAGCUCACCCCAUCGAUGCCAGUUACUUUUAUCAAAGCUAUUCCAGUUGAUCGUCAGGAAACCAAAAACAUUUAUGAAUGCCCAGUGUAUAAAACCCGCAUCAGAGGACCAACUUUUGUCUGGACGUUCAACAUGAAAACAAAGGAGAAAUCAGCUAAGUGGGUCCUUGCAGGUGUUGCAAUCUUACUACAGGUUUAAACUGCAAAUAUGUCUUACACAGAAUCACAAGGUGUUGGCUCAAAAAAACACUUGGACACAAGUUCUCCCAAAUAUUUAAGAAAA